GUCUUCACAUGCGUGUGUUCUUACCCUCUUCUCAGCACUUUCACCUAACCACAUAAAACGCAAGUGUACAAAUAGCCACCCUUUACUUCCUCUCGAUUCACGGCUUCUACAUCGUAAUUAUACCUUCUGCUUAUUUCACCAUCUGCCAUCGCCGCCGGUUUACAAUCGACCUGUCGACACGCAUGCUUGCAAGGACGCUUGAAUACUAGACACUUGGGGAGACGAGUCGACAAACGUGGCACCGAUUUUUAGACCUGCGCCUGUCUCUCGCGCGCAGCAUGUGGCUCUUUCUUCACAAGAUCAUGUCCAAGGAAGCAGCCGUCUGAUCUACAACAACUUCAUCUACCCUGUGCAAGCAGUGCUAGGCAGUACCUGCCAUAGCCGAGCACCAUUUGCGGUCUGCGAUGAUGGAUCGCAACCCACCUGAGGCUGGAGAUGCUCUUACUACAAAAUCGAACGGUCAACAAAAUAAUACCCGACCAUCUGGUAACCGCCGCACACCAAAGAGGGGCACCGGAAACUCUGAGUCUAAAGAGAAUAACGCCACGUCCGAUACAGACAAAGGCGCGCGGGCCAUCCCUCAACCGAUAUAUACUAGCAUUCGUGGCCACCGCCAAACCGAGUCUCUCACCGAGAACCGUUUCGCAAGCCCUAACCGAAGUACUAGGCUAGAUCGAAGCGUGAACUCCUUUGGCACCCCAGUACAAUCACGAAGCACCCGCAUCCCCCGCCCGGCGAGUUCUAGUAUCGAUAGCCAUCGUCGAGACGCCCCAGCGCAUCGAGAAACGUCUCCCGAUAACCCCACCGACCAUUCCUCCCCUAUGCGCCAGCCGAUGGACCUAAAAGCCGCCUUUAAGCGCGCACAGGAGCAGACCGCCGCAGAAGCAAACAGUGAUACCGAUAAUACGAUCGACCUACAACAUGCUUUUGACAUGGCGAAUGCUGAAUUUAACGGUAUUCGAGGUAUUGAUGGCUCCCCUAGUCCGGCGCCACGAUCCUUUCGACGUGAAUCAAGAAUUGCCAUCCCAACAAGAAAUGGUACGGGCACAAGAAAUAAUGAUCUUAAACAGCAUCUUCAACGGUUUGAUCGCAACCAUCAACUUGCCGGCAUAGAUAGCCCCCUCGAUGGAUUGUUCGCUAAGAAUCGGGCGAGACCUUCACCGUCGAAAACGGGGCACAGCUUGCGCAGAAAACCUAGCAAUAGCAGUCUAAGCGGCAAUCGUGAACGCCGAAACACUGAGGUCCAACCCAUUAGCGUAGAGAAUCAAGGGCAGGCCGAAGACUAUGGGACUUUGGUGCGAGAACCGCCUGUUGGUGUUGAUGUACCGGUGCCGUCUAUUGAGUACGAAUCUGCUAGCGACAACCGAUCCUCUCCCGACUUCCGCCCAGCUGAUUUAUCACCUGAAAAGAGCAUGAACUGGCAUCUCGAUGCUGACUUUACAGCUGGAGACUUGCAGUUCUCGCAAAGUCCUCGUAUUCCGAUUGGCAAACAGACAGUUGACCCAGGCCAUAUAACAAGCGAGCCGGUAACUCGUCAGAAUAAUGAAAGAUUAAACCAAAUUCAGCGAAGAGAAAUCGAAGCUGCAAAAGUGACUUUCCCGGAGGAACCGGUUGUCAGACAGAUGAAUCAUAAGUUGGAAGAAAUCAGAGCUCGAGAGAUGGAAGCAUCGUCAAGGCGGGCCUUGGCAGCGAGCCGUCUCGAAGAAAUCAGAAUGAGGAAUUCAGAGCCUCGUUCCGUAUCACCCGAACUACAGAACGACUCACAUGAGAAACUACUGGAGAAAGGACUAGCAAAGCGCAAUAUGGGACGGCAGCGUUCGCCCAAUCCCGAAAUAGAUCCGGAGCUGAGAGGCGAAGCGAUUCGCGAUACUCCAGUUGUAAUUUUCAAGAAAUCGACUGAUAGAAUUCGUAAUUCUGGCGAAGAGCACAGUGUCCUAGAGAACGACAACCAACGCAUACCCCUGUCGAGAAAUGAUUCACAUGACUUGCUUCGUCGUCUGGCUAGAGCGACUAGCUCGAGUCCCAGAGAGGAUCAACAGAAAGUAGAGAAAGACAAGGAUGCACCUAUGGCGGAAAAGGCAGAGAUCAAGCAGCUAUCCGAAAUACGUAACCUCAAUCGAUCACCUGCCCCUCGGGAAGAAAGAGGGAGACUUAGGAACCUGGAGAUUAAGAAUCCUAGGGACAGACCGACAGUUGGAUUUGCUGAUUUGAUAAGGACACGUUCUGGAGACUCUGCUGCAGAGAAGCGAAGAAGUACGUCCACCUCGGAAGCUGAUCCGACGGAUCGUAUUGCUGCAGAGCUUAACUUGUUCGCUCCUUUGGAUAACUACUCGGAAAAGGGCUCUAUCAGAGCCCCUUCGCCAGUUCCAUCCGAGCCUGUAGAUGAGAAGACCCCUCGACCACCCAAGAUAGACCCUUUGACGCAGCCGACCCCUAGGGUUGUGGGCGCAUACGUGGAGACACCUGCCACAGUGCGCGUGAAAGAAGAGGAAGGGCAUAUAGGGACCGAGUCCACGGCGCAGAGUCAGAUCUCAAGAUCAUCCCCGCCCAAAGGCGCACCGAACACAGGCGCCGCGACUCGAGCUAGAGCUUUGCAACGUCCAGGGCCAAGAUCGUCCUCACUACCAACGGCCUCCCGCCGUUCAAGGUCUUCGUCAAGACGUCGACGGCCGUUGAUUAAUACAGCCAAACCGCCUACUGUCAAGGAUGAUAUCAUUGCGAUUCUACGAGCCAACAACAUUGAUGAUUCGACACUAGAGAACCUCGAUUCAAUUCUCGCGGACCACGACAUCGACGACCUAGAACUAAAGCAGAUGGUCAACGAUAGCACUCUUAAGGCUGAAGAUGACCUUGAUGUGAAAAUUUCACAGGCGUCAGAUCGCGACCGAGAGCUCGAGGUAUAUGACAGAAUGAGUAAAUCUCUUCAAACAGGAUUACUCGGCAUUCGCUCUGCCAAAAAGGGCAUUGAACGUCUGGAGGACAAAGUUACCCAUAAAACCGCUGCGGCCGACCAACCUGAUAUCAAAGCCGUGCCUGAUGUAGGGCCUCUCCCACAACCAUCUGUAUCAGGGGAUGGAGCCACCCCAAUCCUUAUUACCGUACCGAAGCUGUAUCGUAAAGACCCCAAGUUCAAACUCACUACUCUCGGUGUUGUCGCAAUCUGCGCUAUUGCCUGGUAUGUUCUCGAGUGUACAUUCUCUUCACUGUAUGCCGGCCCCGAUUACAUUUGUACACCAACAAUUCCUUGUGAUUGGUCACGCAAUGAGCCAUAUUUCCCGUACACAAUGCCAUUUAUGUUGGAUGAGUGGACCACUGGCGGUAGGGGACGAGCGCUUGCAUUUAAAGUAGGCGAUGAGGUUGGCGACAUACUGGCGGAAAUCUCAGACUGGGUAACAAACACGGAUUUCACCCAAUUUGACGAACGCUAUAUGGAUGCAUGGCAACGUAAACGACAUAGGCGACGCUUGCGUAAACAUGGGUUGGUCCCUAAAUGGAAGGAAACGCCGGGCUAUCAAGCACGUUUUGCAGACUGGCAGAUUGCCAAGGCGGCGCGCGAGUGGGCUCAAGAGCUUGGGCUCGGAGACGAUGAGACGAUGAGUGCUGAUGAGAUAGUCCGGUGAGCAUAUUGCAUAUUACCAUAUGUUUCUCCGCGAAGCAAGCAUUUGGUUGCCUAUGGGCUCAACGGCUUAUGACCAUUGCUUGUAUAUAGAGUUGCUCUACGUUUGGCCGGAGAAAUCAUAGGCCAUGAUGGGCGUUUAGGACAUUUUGUUAGACUUUGGAAGCGAUAGGACAAGCAAAGGCGUUGGUGGCUUGAGUCAGUAGCUUUUGACAACUAGAAUCACAUUGAAUGAAUUGGAUGCCAAGAA